AGCAUUUGGAACGAUAUCACUCCCGCCUGUAGCCAUUGAUAAAUACAGCUGUCGUUCUGGCCUCUAUAAUCGCUCAAUAAAAAAAAAUAAUUCUGAACAUGCUAUGAUCCUUUCAGCCACCUGUCGGGAUGUUCGUUGCUUCUCACUAUCCCAUCAGAUGGGUGUGCUCAAGGUGCCACCGAGGCCUAGCCGGUCGAUUGAGGACGUCAUUGAGGCCCUUGAGGCUUCCAGUCCGCGGAUAUUCAACGUCUCCUGAUCCAAAUGCAAUUGAGGAUCUGAAUCUUACUCGAAAUAUCGGGAUCAUCGCCCACAUCGAUGCGGGAAAGACGACCACAACAGAGCGUAUGCUCUACUACAGCGGAUUCACUAGAAGGCUCGGCGACGUUGACGAUGGAUCAACUGUAACGGAUUUCCUCCCUGCUGAAAGAGCCCGGGGAAUAACUAUACAGUCCGCCGCAAUUACUUUUCAUUGGCCUCCAGUUGACCAGAGCACAGCAAGCUCCGAAGAUGCGAAGGCAAAAGGACUUCCAAGGUCCGUUCUACCGCACACUAUCAACCUCAUAGAUACUCCCGGACAUGCCGACUUCACAUUUGAAGUUUUACGGUCCUUGCGUAUCCUGGACGGAGCCGUAUGCAUUUUGGACGGUGUUGCUGGGGUUGAAGCCCAAACAGAACAAGUAUGGCAUCAGGCCUCUACGUACAGUAUACCCGGUAUCGCCUAUGUUAACAAACUCGAUCGUGAAGGUGCUGCAUUCGGUAGAACCGUGAAAGAGAUCGGAUCAAGGCUUGGUGCAUGGCCGGCUGUAUGCCAAAUCCCAUGGUUUGAAGGCGGCGACGGCAAAUUCAGAGGUGUUGGUGAUAUCAUUUCACUACAAGGUCUGUACUGGGAAGCUGGCGGAGAUGGCAAGCAAAUCAUUGCAUCAGGCUUGAAGGAUUUAGAGCAACAAGAUGGCCAGUUCGCCCAGGAGAUGAAGAAUGCACGAAUUGCCCUCGUCGAACUCUUGAGUGAGCACGAUGAUACCAUGGUGGAAUGUUUCCUAGAGCACGAUGAAGACCAUCUAGCAGUUAAACCAAUUGAGAUCUGGGAGAGUCUGCGACGCUGCCUGUUACGAGACGGUAACAGGGUCAUUCCGACCUUUGCGGGCGCGAGCUUCAGAAACAUUGGCGUGCAGCCACUCCUUGACGCCGUCGUUAACUUGCUUCCAAGUCCGACUGAGCGGCCUGAUCCAGAAGUUAGCAUUGGAUCAGUCAAAACCGGCUUGCAGAAUCUUCUUGCAGGGAAGGUUUCUCUGGAAAGCACAAAUAAUCCAACGAAACAUAAGCAUAAAAAGAAACACGCAUCGCUGCACUCGGACACUACUACUGCCCUUCAGAAAUUAGAAUGUUGUGCUCUCGCCUUUAAGGUGGUGAGCGAUGCAAGGAAAGGCGUUCUGGUAUACGCCCGUGUCUACUCCGGGACCCUCAACCGAAACGCACUAUUAUUCAACACAAACCUUGACGUUUCGGAGAGAGCGCCUCGAAUUUUUAAGAUGUAUGCGAACGAGGCUGUUGAGGUGCAGUCCAUUCCAGCUGGACAUAUCGGCGUUAUUGCCGGGUUGAAGUUUGCCAGGACUGGCGAUACAUUGCUAUCCUUCACCGGAAACAAGCAAAGUGCACCGGAACUAUUGAACACGUUGCAACUUCGCCCUAUCGAUGUUCCUCCCCCUGUGUUCUUUACCAGCGUUGAGCCAUAUAGUCUUAGCGAGGAAAAGAAUAUGCAAGACUCUCUGGCAUUGUUGCUCCGUGAAGACCCUAGCCUUCACGUCUCUGUUGAUGAAGAUUCGGGCCAGACUCUGCUGAGUGGCAUGGGCGAACUUCAUCUAGAGAUAGCCAGCGAUCGACUUGUUAAAGAUUUCAAAGCAAAGGUGUCCACCGGACACAUUGAGAUCGGAUAUCGAGAGUGUAUCUCGGAGGCUUCAUCUUCAACAACACGGAUCUUUGAUAAAGAAAUCGCAGGCCGGAAAGGUAAAGCAGGAUGUGCAGCUGUUGUGCAACCCCUUUAUGAAGGACAGGAAAACGAACGUACGGAAGAUCCGAGCAUCCUCUUCUCGAAAGAAAAAGAUGGCAACCGAAUCACAAUCAAAGCUCCGGGUCUUAUUUCGACGGAGAAGACGAAGCUACCCGGGGACCUUCUUCCGCAUCACCUGUCUCUGCCAGUGAUUCAGAGUUCUAUAUAUAAUGGUUGUCUCGCUGGACUUACACGCGGGCCAAAGUAUUCUUUCCCAGUACACAGCGUGGAUGUCACCCUGACCUUCGACAUAACAGAGCAUCUCUUCGGCAGCGAUACCACACCGUCCGCGCUUUCAGCCGCAGCUCGUCUCGCAACCCAAUCCGCACUCAAAGAAGUCUCGUCAAAUGCAUCUCUCAUGGAGCCUGUCAUGAACGUCUCAAUCAGCGUCCAGGAAUCAAGCCUCGGUGCGGUGGUACACGACAUUUCUUCCUCGCGGGGUGGUCAUAUCGUUUCCCUAGAUGAUGAUACGUCUUCAUCGGCAGAAGCUACACUCGACCUGCCUCCGAUCGAUGUAUCUAAGAUAUACGCCCCACGCGACCCAUUCGGGCCAUCAUCACCAGAUGAUAGAUUGUCCAAUGCAACGGCCAACCAGUCACGUAUGAUAACGGCCAAGGUCCCCCUGAAGGAGAUGGUUGGGUACUUGAAGCAUCUGCGUAGUUUGACGGGUGGCAGGGGAACCUUUGUGAUGAGUGUUGACCGAUUCGAGAAGAUGAAUAACCAGAGGGAGAAGGCUGUUUUAACGGAAAUGAGAGGGUUGUAACCGCAACUUUCAGCGCCGAUUAUAUUUUAUUUUUAUUUUUUUUUCUUUUCGCUUUGGACAACGUCAUCGAGACUUUUUCAAAGCUUGGGUCCACGGCCAGUGUGCUUCUACUUCUUUUUUGUAUUAUUAUGAAUGUAAAACUAGAC